AUGUCCCCUGUAAAACCCAUCAACGGGGAAAAGAAGCAGAUGCCCGGUCCUGAAUAUGUUCUACCGCAAGGCCAGGGAAAUGACAAGAUCGUUGCCCCCUCUCAGAUGAGCGCCAAAUGGCGUGCAGAAUACGGAUCUAUCUAUCGAGUCUGGAAUGGCGCGUGGCCUGAAAUCGUCAUCACUGACCCCAAAGACGUCGAGGCUUGGUUUUCCGGGAAAGGAGAGCACAGCAAGUUCUCCUAUGAACCGUCCGGGGCACUGUUUAAUUAUGCUAUGGGUCACGCAGUCGGGCUGAUCAAUGGCCAUGAUUGGAAGAUUCUGCGCAAGUUGCUAGAUCCCUAUGUGAACUUCUCGAACUCGGCAAAGCUCACUCCAAUGGUCUUGCAGCGGGCAACCGAGCAUGUGCAGGCACUUCCCACACAAACCCUGAAUCCAAUUCAAGAGGGGAAGGCGGUCGUUAAUGCGUACCGGGCCGUGCAGUCGUACCCGUUUUUUACCCAAAUGGAGACUUUCUAUGGACCCUUAACUGACGCCCAGAAAGAUGAAGUCUGGUCAAUCGGCCAGAUUUUCCUUACCCUCUCUACCUGGACCGUAGAGCAAGGCCUCACACGCAGCCGAAUCUUCAAGUAUAAUUACUCAUGGGACUCGUGGAGGCUGAUUCGAGAAUUCGAUCGGCGCUGGCGUACAUUCAACCGGGAUAUCGUCAAGCAGAAGGCAGCAGAAGUCGAUCUACCGAUUGUCAGGCUGUGGAAGAACAUCCAAGAUGGUGAUAUGACAGAGGACCAGCUUAUCCACACUUUCACCGAGUCGAUCUUUGCAAACUUGGAUGUUACGACUUCCGUCAUCACGGGUUGUAUUCUGCAUAUUGCUGAGGAUAAGCGGAUUCAGAAAAAGCUCCAACAAGAAAUCGACGACCAUAAGGACAACCUUGUCGACUACGUCAAGCGGCAGGAUACUUUCAUACACUGGUGUUUCCUUGAGUCGAUCCGGCUGGAGCCAAUUCCUGCAUUUUCCCUUGCGGGUCGCUGUACCGAAGACAAAGUACUAGGAGGGUAUCACAUUCCCGCCAAAACAAGCGUUGUGAUCGACGCACACGCCAUCAAUAUCCACAACCCAUACUGGGGCCCCGACACGAAGGAAUACCGACCGGAGCGCUUCGACGGCCUAAAUCCGAGGGAUUUGAAGUACAACUUGUCGACUUUUGGAUACGGUUCUCGCAAAUGUCUGGGUGUAUAUCUGGGUGGGAAGAUGGUUCGUGGCAUCUUGACUGCGUUGUUCGGACAGUAUGAUGUGGAUCUGGAGGGCCAGACCAAGGACGGAGAUGGCCAGUUUCAAACGGAUAAGACGAGCUUCUUUGCCUUGUAUGUUGCUAAUAUCGGGAUGAAGCCGAGAAACCUGUGA